UUUUUUUUUUUUCAUUUAAAAUUAUUAUCAUAUGAAAAAAUUAUUUAAUUUUUCUUCUACUUCAGCAAACUAUGGGAUGAGCAAAGAACGCUUAACUCCUUUAUAUCGUUCAUUAACUCAAGAUAGUCAAUAUACGAAUGACGAUUCACCUAUAACAAAAUUAGUAUGCAAAUUAUUAGGUUUACCUAGUCCAGCAGUAAGACCUCGGUUACGGCAUAAAUCACGAUCAACGACAUCAAUCACCAAAAGUUCAGUUAUUUCUUCAUAUCAAAAUACAACUUUAAUAGACUCUAAUACUUCCGAAGAAAAAGCUGUACGAAAGCCAUCAGCUAUCACCAUUGUGACACCGUCAUGUACAGCAGCAUCGUCCAUUAUCAUGGACUGGGACCAGAUUGAAGUAUCAACCACUAAUAAAGAAAAAGACGAUACAAGCUCAAUUUCUUCCAGUUUAUCAUCUACAAGUUAUAUUUCAACUGUAAAUAGUUCAAUCUAUUUUAUUGAUAGUUCGAAUAAUAAAUGCAUAUCACCUGCGGUAGAUGCGCUUGUUACAGCUAGUUUGAUUCCCACAAAAUAUACAAAGUCAAUUCUUGAAUAUAUACCUUCAAUAAAAUUAAUCCAUCGAAAACAAGAUACAGAACCUGUGUUAACUGAAGCAAUAGCUGAACGAAUUCGACCGUAUAUUCCUAAAAGAUAUAAAAUAGCAGAAAAAUGGAAUCUUCUAUAUAGUCUAGAUCAGCAUGGAGUUAGUCUUACCACAUUAUAUUCACUUAUGAAAAAAUAUGAUGGACCUUGUGUUAUAAUUUUAAAAGAUGCAGAUGAACAAAUAUUCGGUGCAUAUUUAAGUAAUACACUUUCUUUACAAAAUUACUAUUAUGGAACUGGUGAAUGUUUUUUAUGGAAAUUAAAUGGAGAGACAAUUAAAGUUUUUCCAUGGACAGGAAAAAAUGAUUACAUGAUCCUGUCAGAUUCUGAUUUCAUAGCUAUAGGUGGAGGGGAUGGUACAUUUGGAUUAUGGUUAAACUCAGAGCUCGAGAAAGGUUAUAGUAAUACGUGCCCUACUUUUGAUAAUGAAAUUUUAUCUCUUAGACAUGAAUUUCGAUGUCUAGAAUUGGAAGCUUGGGGAUUGUACAUAUAAAGUAUACCCUUUAUCACUUUUGUGUAUGUAAUCAAAAAAAGAAGUUUUAUGUACGUUUACGCAAAAUGAUAUUCUACUAAUUUUAUAUACAUAAUUACCUUUUUAUUAUUAUUCAAUAUAUUUGCAUUCUAUCUUAUUUUAACGGUCA